CAGCUCCGCCCCAGCCGCGCGGAGGCCGGCGCCGCAGCGGGCGGGAAGAUGGCGGCGGCGGCAGGCGGGGGGGGUGCCGUGGUGUCGGUGCUGGCCCCCAGCGGGCGGCGGGUCACGGUGCGGGUGGGGCCCGGCACGGUGCUGCUCCAGAUCCUCGAGGAGGUCUGCAGGAAGCAGGGCGGCAGCCCCGGCGAGUACGGCCUGAAGUUUCAGAGGAGUGUGUUGGAUCUCUCUUUACAGUGGAGAUUUGCCAGACUGCCCAACAAUGCCAAGCUGGAGAUGGUGCCAGUCUCCAAUAGAGUGGGAGUUGGAAACACGGUUCGGAUCGCAUUACAGUUAGAUGAUGGCUCCCGUUUACAAGACACCUUUCUCUGUCAACAGACUUUGUGGGAACUUCUCAACCAUUUUGCAAAGAUCAGGGAGUUUAUGGAACAGCAUGGUGAAUUCUCUCCAGUCUGUAUUUACAUGCGAGAUGAGAUAUCAGGAAAAGAUGCCCUAGAGAAGACAACGCUGAAGUCACUUGGCCUGACUGGAGGCAGUGCCAUCAUCAGAGUUGUCAUGAAGAAAUGCAGUUCAUCUGGUCAGGAGGAAGCUGUGGGUGCCACGGUGCAGUGUGAUGAGCUGACAGUGAGGCCAGGCUCUACUGAAGGAGCAGUGGAUGUGUCCCUACCUCAAGCAAACACAUUCCCAAAGGACUUGGACCACACGGAUGUGGCCAUGUCUUUAAACAGCUGCACAGACAUCCAAGACUCGAUUAGAGAAUCUCAUGCCAGCUUGGACGAGCUGCGGCCUUCCUCAGAGCCCGAGUCUACCCCAUUUGUCCCUUUUUUUGGAGAUGGACAGCGUCUGGGGGACUCUUCUGUAGCUGCACCAUCGCUUGGGUUAGAUACGCCAUCUUCAAAGCUGCCAACAACUUUUUCCAGCCCUGGAGGCCCUUCUAAGCCAAAGAAGUCUAAGAACAGCCAAGAACUGCAGAAGGAGCAAGAACAGCUUCUAGAGCGAGAGCCACUUGUAUGUCACCUAGACUUACUAGAACCACUUCCUGCUGGCCCAGAAGAACUUCCUGAUGAGUUUUUUGAAGUCACAGUGGAUGAUGUACGGAAACGUUUGGCACAGCUGCAGAGCGAGAGGAAACGCCUGGAAGAAGCUCCACUGAUGACAAAGUCUUUGAGGGAGACUCAGCUGAAGGAAAAGUUAGAGCGUUACCCAAAGGUGGUGUUGAGAGUCCAUUUCCCAGACCGUCACGUUCUGCAGGGGUUCUUCCGUCCUAGCGAAACUGUUGGCAUUUUGAGAGACUUUGUAAGAAGCCACCUUGCAGAUGCAGACUUGCCAUUUUACUUGUUUAUUGCACCUCCCAGAAUCAUCUUGAACGAUGAAAGUUUGACGCUCUUUGAGGCUAAACUCUUUCCAACUGCUGUCAUUCACUUCGGAUCUGAGGAGCGCAGGGAUUGUUACCUGAAAUCAGACCUGCUGGGCUCUGCAGUUUCCCCUUCUGCAGCUGAUUUAUUAGUAGCCAGACGUUUGUCCAAAUCAUCAGAUCCUUCUGCUUCAUCAUCUUUAGAAUCAAUAGUUCCCUCCCUGUCUGAACCAGAAGUGGGAAGUGACAAAAGGACCGAUAAGCAGCCAGAACCAGCAAGUGUGCGUGAAGCUCCACAGGUGCCGAGAAGGGCCCCUGGGAAAAUACCCAAAUGGCUGAAGCUGCCAGGUGGGAAGAGAUGAAACAUUCUGGGCUGCUGGAUCAGUGAGCAGCCAGCUCUUUCCUGAUGAACUUACUCAGAAUGUGUAAGAAAUGGCUGGUGGGCCCUGGAGAGAUCUAAUCUGUAUGAACAUUAGUUAUAAAUAGAAAAUUGCUAUUUCAGAUGCCAGUUUUGCCUUUUCGAGGAGUAGGAGGCCUGUUUGUGGUCUUCGUGACUACAGAAGCAUGGCUAGAGGUUAAAUUUAAGGUUUCUUGCAUGCAAAUACAAAUAGAGAAUUAAGGGGGAAAUAAUUCCUAUGUACUUUCUGUGAAGGACUUUGUCCAUAUUUUUAAAUUCAAAUCCUCCCAGUUCUACCUUCAGAGAUAACUUGAGUCUAGCUGCCUGAAUUCUUAGCAGCAAGACACAAUCUGAUUCAGUUUUACCUACAGUUAAGUGCUGCCUGGAGCAAGACUUCUCUCUGCUUCUUGCUGGCUGGGGUUCGUGCUGCUGAUAAUUCUGGGCACAGAUGGCUGGAAAGUGAGUGAAGAGGAACCAUGUAGGUCAUUUAAAACAGUUCAAGUAGGCUUUUUCUGUGAACCUCUUGCUCUGCUGCACUUGUAUUGUUUUCAGUUGCGAGAAUCUUGUUAACAGAGAACACAGGUUAAUGGAAUGCAUGUGGAGGUUGCUUCUGCCCCAAGCUCUGUGUUUUAUUUUCACUACAUAUAAUUAACAUCAGUAAUUACAGUUAGGGUGAGGAAGAAAAAAAAAUCCAGUAAAAAGGUCUCUUCACGUGACCUUCGAUCUAUGGCCUUCUAUGCUCCAAAUGUUUCCACAGCAGAGCAGCUGUUCUCUGCAGUGCAAUUAGUGUGCAGAGGGGAGCACUAGUCCAGAAGUUUGCCUCCUGCAGAUGUUGCAAGGAGAUGACUAUUGUUGGUUAGAAUUGCACUUACACUGGAGAUGAACUCUAUAGUGCCACAGUAGCCAUGGUUCUGUAUUUUAUUUGAAGUCUUCUCCAUGGAUCAGUGAUUCAUAUUGGAUUGCUGGGGUUCUAUGUUAAGGUAAUAACAUGUUUUCCAUUUUCCCUGUAUUAGACAAUUGUUCUCUGAACAACGUGUGCAUCGGCACAAUUUGUAGAUGUAAUAAAGCACAGUGGCCAUAGGAGGCCUUUUUGUCGGUCUCUUUGAUAGUAUGUUUCUUCCUCCAGUUCUCAGUUUCUCUGUCAGUUCACAGGAACCUGCUCCCUUUUCAAUGGGCUUGUCAUGCCUCAUUCCCUUCCUCCUUUUUUUUUUUUUUUUUUUUUUUUUUUAAACAAAGCAAAACGGAGCUUUGUACCAUCUGAAUGAACUUCAAAGUGGCUAGAAAGGGCACCCAGGGUUCCUGGCACUUGUCAUUGUCUCUCAGCCUGGCCAACAUUUCCCUUCUAGGUCUAAUUACUUCCAAAUGCUCCCAGAUGCUUUGAAGAAACUCAGAGGGAGGGGGAGGCAUGAAAGAAAGGUGGAAGACGAAAAAGGAGACUCAAAGUGGAGGGAGCAGAAUGCUUUAGCGAAAAUGUUGAUUGAUUUCUUAUAUGACACCCAAACAUAAAUAGGGAAUGUGUGCGGCCGCUGGCACAAUGCAAGAGCGCUGUGUACAGUUGCUGCUCUAAAUUUUUACUGUGGAAAGCAAGCCCUUCUUGCACUUGACAGGCUAUAAAGGACAUGCUACAGCAAAACAAAAAAAUAUUAAAAUAAUGUUUAAAGUUUAUUACUUUUCCAGACUAAGUGUGGGCUGAGCCUACGCUCCAUAGGACUAUCUGUAUCUGUUCAGGUGCUAUGUCAGGCUUAUUCAUUUCACAGAAGUCAGAGGCAGACUGUAGCUAGAGCUGUUUUGCUGAAUUUAUGCAGGAUAUAUCGGGGCCAACCAGUAGCCAUGGCUAAUGACAGGUAUAUACUUGUGCUGGUGUUUUUUAUUCACAGCGUUAGAAUUAACAGAAGCAGUCUGGUUGGUAGAAAGUUGUACGUGCUUUCAGAUGUGCUAGUCUUGGUUUUUGAAGAGCACAGGCAACAUAAAAUAGUAUCGAUUUGCUUAGCUAUUUUGAUUCCACCAGUUUUGACAAAGAGCUAGCACCAUAACUAUCACCUGCAAGUACCUGAUACGGGAAAACAGAAGGAAAAGUUUAGGAACACAAGCAGCAAUAUCAUUAUUACUGGGGCAGUUUAAUGGAUUGCGUACUGGGGUGGGGAUUAGGAGACUUCAUAUUGCGAACUGUGUGCGUUAUCUCAGUCAGUUCUGCCCAUGUUUGUCCCUUGCCAUGCAUCAAGCCCAAUUUAAUCUACUCUUUUAGGAGAAUGAAAAAUUGGUACCUUGAACAGCUAGACCAGAGGUUUUUAUUCCCCUUUGCCUAUGCAAAGAAGAGUUAGCGUUAGCUGCUGCUGCUGCUAUUAAAAUACUGCUUUACUGCUAACAUUCACAUCAGCAAUCCUCUUGUCAAGAAUGGUUGUGUAUGGACCAGGUAUGUCAAGGAAGUGAACUCGAGUUGUUUUUAGGGCAGCAGCUUUGAGAGACCUGUGUGUCAGGAGAAGGCAGAAUGGGGGGAAGAGAUGAGGAUUUGAUACCUGGAAGAGGCAAGAAAGUAGGAGCGCAAGUUCUUUUAAGAGGGACAAGAUGCCCCAAUAUUUAAAAGUGCAAGCUCUUCACUAAGGUGGAUUCCUACCCUGCCACAGAACAAUACAUGCAGAUACCUGAUGAGCUGGAUUUGUUUCAAUAUCACUUCUGCUGUAGUAGCUGAACUCAUCCCAGGGGGGUUUGGGCAUUCAAAGGUAGUAUUACUUGCAUUUUUUUGCUGUUGCCUUUUUUUACCAUAUGGUUGUGAGGCUGAAGGCUGAACUAGGUCAGUUCCUUCAUGGGUUUCGUUGUACAGCUGCACAAACAGUUGUCUUGGCAAAGAGGCUGCAGUGCAGAGGGAUGGGGCACUGCUUAAGCUGGUACUGUCAUCAGAAAAUGUGUAUUCAAUUGUGGUUUUAGUUGAAGUUUGCAAGUGGCUGGUGUUCCGAGUGAUGACCUUGAUAGCUCUUGGCCGAAAGAGUAUAGUGACCUACUGAGCCUUUGCCCGCUGCCGUGGUCAAUGGGGAAAAAAUUGCUCGCUAUUACUAAUCAUAAAGACUGCAGAUAGC